GCCUGGAGGAGUCUGGAACUCGCGUCACCAUGGAAGCACUCAGUUUGCGACAUGCAUUCGCCAUUUUGCUGCCUUGGUGUGUGUUUGGUUGGUUGGUGUGUGUAUGUGUGUGGGCUCCUUUCGAUGUGAAUACCUCCGUGCUUCCAAACAUUCACCACUUCAGCCCCAGCCAAAAGAAGAAAUGUAUGCGUGUAACCAGCGGAACCGUUAGCUGCUACGGCAUGACAUGAGCGACUGAACGACGGGACUGUAGAUAGUUUCUCCCCGGGUUAUCGAGGAGAGCCAGGGGGGAAAUUGGCAAGCUUGACAAACAGGAUCACAUUUUUCCAUCAUCAUCUGUUCCAAGAUGGAAGCAAAAGUUGAAGGUGGGGAACAUUACUGUCCUAGUUGGAUUGAGAUUGCCUCCUUGGAUUCUCAAAUUUGACAAAUCCAUAAGAUCAUCAAUAAUGAUACCAGGUUUGAUCUCCCAAGAGUUACAUGAGCAGCUUCUGGACCUGAAGAAUUACCAAAAUCGCACAAAUGGGGUGGAAAAGCUUAAACAUAUCCUCUCAGAAGUGGACAUUCGGUCGGUUUCACCUGCUAGUAUCGAGGAGUUCAUCAACUUUCUUCCCCGACUUUUAGGUGACAGUAAUUUCAAGGUGCUUUAUGGCGCAUUACAAGUUUUAAAUGUACUCAUUCAGAAGCUGGAGAAGGGAAACGAGAAAUUUUUUAAACGUAUAGUUUUAGUUGCUCUCAAGGCUUUAGGUGACACACGCACCAUCACCAGGAACGAGUACCUCAAUGUGUUCCAGCAGCUGAUGAAAACUGUUGCACCGCAGCAGGUAUUGGAUCUGGUUAUCGGCAACUUGAAACACAAAAACUCCAGGGUUCGCGAAGAUGUCCUUAACAUCAUCAUGGCAGCUAUGCUCACUCAUCCAAGGAAGGAUUUCAACAUUCCCAGGCUUUGCUUUGAGGUUGCACCCUACUUGGCCGACAGCAAGAGGAAAGUCCGCCACGCUUCUCUGGAGCUGUUUGCCGUUUUCGACCAUUGCCUUGAAGCCGGGAGGAAACAGCCUCUUAUGAAAGCUGUGGACAUGGUUGAGCUCAACGAGGACGCAGAGGGUCUGAUGGCAGCCGUACAGGCAAGACGAGCAAGGAGGGUUCUUCCAAAACUAAUCUCAGAGGGAAUCGUGGAGUAUGGUUUGGUGGUACCAAAACCUGGACAAUGGUCCCAAGUACAGUAUGGUUCAGGAGCUGAUCUGGACUGGGUGAUGAACGGCGGGAGGAUAAGUAGCGCUGGGAGCAACAGAACCGAGCAGGACAGUGACCGACUGUACGGAUACGGCAGCUUAGGCUCGCUCACUGAUGACCUACCGCUUCAGAGGAGAAUCGUCAGUGCAGGCAAAGGGAAGAACAAACUACCCUGGGAGAUCUCAAGCUCCUCGUCGACUGACAACGAACUACAGCAAGGCAGCCCACCUAACGGAAGGAGCUCUGAACAGGGUAUGAGUGAUGAUUAUGUGCGUCAUUCCAAGAAGCCUGAGACCUACAUACCUAGCUUCAGCCCUGCUGACCCGGAGAAGCCCCAGUCUUCCAGAAGGAGGGAGGAUCCUGCUGAUCUCAGAAGAAGUGGGAGCCUCAACUUAGACGCUGAUAUCUUCAAAACCAAUAACUUUUCUGAUCCAGAUGUGGUGGCACCCAAAGGACGUGUGCUGUCACGGAAUCCCAGUGUUGAGCGAACGUUUUCCUUCCCCUCAAACCCUUCCACACCUGGCUCCUUCCUUCUGCCCUCCUACCCUCUGGCUACACGCACAGGGGGCAUGCUUACCCCAACGCUGUCCCGCCACCACGCAGACUCCGCCCUCUCGAUGUCCAACACCUGGCCCAACAAGAGGGAGAGCAGCUCUCAGCAGGGAGACACGAGUCCCUGGGCAGAGACGGCAGAAACAGCAAAGGAUGAACUCUUUAGCACGCGCUCCCCCAGGCCUCUUCGAGCCUCUCUUGUGAACUCCUCUUCCACUUCAUCGUUCAGGCGAGCUCUGGGCAACACCAGGGCGACCUUCUCCAUCUCACCGGUUGUACCUCCAGCAGAACAAGCCCACUCUCAUAACGGCCACAGAUCGAAUACUUCAGUCAGCCCGAUGGACAUUAACCCCAAUCUGGAGCCUGGCAGCCAGGACUUUCAGGACGACGAACCCCUGGACAUGCAGGAGAUGCUGAACUCCCUUCGCUCUUUGCGCAGCAGUGCUGCCAAGAAGAGGGCUAAAGCGAGCCAUAACAGUCCGGAUCCAGACAGCCCCGACUCAGCCCUGAGGGUGGACUCACCUUUAUUCACUUCUCCAGUUCUCACCAGCUCCGCCAGUGAGAGUGGGCUUUCCACUCUGAACUCCGUGGCCAACUCCAGCUUCAAUGACAUCAAAACCAGUCCUAGAAACUCGGCCUCUUCUGUAACGAAGCCUCGAUUUGCCAGAGGGCCGUCUGCAAAACUGAGGUCUUCCGUGUCUAUGGACUUCAUCAGCCUUCAAGCAAUAUGCCAGAGAAAUGAACCGUCAUCGGAAGUGGGCGUUAUCGGGCAAAGGGUGGCGUGUUGCAACGGAACAAUCAGACCUGAGGAGGAGAAGCUGGGUCUGUCCUCCCCACUGGUCAGACCAGCUGUCCAUGAACCGAUCAGGGCUUUGAAGCCGACCAAAGGAUCCCAGACUAACAGCAGGAAUUCACCUGGAGCAGACAUGCCUGAAGGAGUGAUAGGAAGAGGCAUGUUUGGGACGGCUGUCCCCUCCAGCUGUCCAGGAGAGACUUUGUCACUUGAGCAGGGGGAUUUGACAGCCAAGCCUCCCACUGAUCCCUCAGCAGGCAAUGACAGCCCACAUCCAGAUGAGGCUAAACGUGUGCAGGAGAGGGUGAAAAGGGUGAGACUUGGUCGGGAUAGAACAAAGCCGCAGCGUCUGGAUCAACUAGAGGGGCAUCCAGGACUAGAGGACCACGCGGGAGACAAAAUUCCCCACCGUGUCAGGCAGAUGCUGUCGCCUGCAGAAAAAAAUAAAGAACCUUUUAUAACAGAUCUGCAUCUCAACGGCAGCAUGCUGACGUCCACCAAAACGGAUCCUCUCUCUGACGAAUCCCUAGUCAGUCCCACAAGUCCUCCAGGACCCCUAAGUCCAAAAACGUGUUUCACUCCACCCCACCAACCGAGCCCCCCGAUGGUACCUCCCAACUCAAAGAAUGUGACCCGUCUCAGAAGGGCACCUAGCCUCAGCAGGACCCGGCCUUCUUUGUCCCAUAGUUCAGAUGAGAUUUGCCAUGCUACUCUACGCCACAAAAAAAAUAUCUCCGAUCCCCCAGAGCUUUGUCCCUUCUCGAAGCCCGACCUGGUUCUGACGCAAAGUUUCAACCUGCUGAGCUCAGAGAACUGGGAGAAGAAGAUCGAGGGUCUGAUGUUCCUGCGAUCUCUGGCCUACAACCACUCAGACACGCUUCAGGGCCGGCUCCAUGAAGUCUGUCUGUCUCUUAUUCAAGAGGUAAAGAACCUGCGAUCAGGCGUCUCCAGGGUUGCCGUGUGUACGCUCGGUGACUUGUACACACAUCUGCAAAGGGCGAUGGACCAGGAACUGGAGGCGACGGUUAAAGCUUUGCUGCAGAAGGCAGGAGAGAGUAACGCCUUCAUUAGGCAGGAUGUGGAUGCAGCGCUGGACUGCAUGGUGCAGCACUGCACCCCCACCCGUGGCAUCAGUGCUUUACUCACUGGAGGACUCGGACAUCUUAAUCCGGUGGUGAGGAAAUGCACGGCUCAACAUCUGGCUGAUCUGGUGGAGAAGGUCGGUGCUGCACGUCUCCUGUCUGGAAGUAGAGAUCUCACAGUAAGAAUGUUACCUGCCAUUGCCAAACUCACACAAGACUCCUCCCAGGAAGCCAGGUACUUUGGUCGUCGAGUGCUGCUGUCUCUGUCGUCCCACCCUGAUUUUGACAAGAUUCUGGAGAAACACUUUCCCACCAAAGACCUGCAGACUGUUAGAGAUACUCUGUCGACUCUUAAGACAAAGGGUCUUGGUGAAAUGCCCCAAGACACUCAGUUGGCCAGAGGGAGACGCUCCCUCCCGGGCAGCGGUACGGUCAGAGCCUCCUCGCUCAACGGAGAGCCGCUCAAUCAGAACAGCAAGGAGUCUAACAGCCACCACAGCUGCAAACAUCAGUCACAGAGUAUUGCAGACAAAACUGAAUACAUAGAGCAGAUCUCAGGUCUGCUGGGCUCAAAGGACUUCAGAGAGCGGAUCAAAGGCAUCGACCAGCUUGUGGCCGACUGUGAACACAACCCCAACAUGGUCAUCAAUAGUUUAUUUCCGGUGUUUGAUGCCUUAAAGUCCAGACUGCAGGAGUCCAACAGCAAAGUUAACCUUUACGCCCUGGAGGCUCUGCAGAAAAUCAUCUCUCUGUUGAAGGACAACCUGUCCCACGUGGUCAACAUCCUGGUCCCAGCAAUCGUGGACAAUCACCUCAACUCCAAGAACAAUGCCAUCUAUUCUGCUGCUACUGGAGCCAUCGAUGCGCUUAUUUCAAAUCUCGACAACAAUCUACUUCUUCAGCCUUUCUGCACCAAAGCGCAGUUUUUGAGCGGUAAAGCGAAGGUGGACCUCAUCGAGAAGGUUGCAGUUCUUGCUACGGAGCUCUACCCUCGCAAACCUCAGAUGGUUGAGCAGAAAGUGUUGCCCUUACUGUGGCACCUCCUGGGCACGUCCACCCACAGCGGCACGGUUCACAGCAGGGCCGGCAGCGUGAGGGGUGCCACGGCCAGCCUGUGCCAAGCCCUCCAUGCCCAGAUGGGGCCUAGCCUGAGUGAAUGUGCCGCCUCCCAGUCUGCCAGUGUCCUUAAAAGUUUAAACGAGGUCCUGAGAACCAUACCCUAAGAUAAAUUUAGAAUCCAAAACGUCCAAAUAAAACAUCAACACUGGCCUUACUUGAAGAAGAGAUGUUCGACAUUUCUUACAGUGCCUGCACUUUUUAUAUCGGUAACAAGAAAAGUCCUUAAAAGUUUUAGCUCCUCCCACUCUAUCGGCGACACCUCCUCUGGUGCGGAAGCAUCGUGACAUACCGACAUCAGGUACUCAUCCUCAGCCUGCUCUUUGCACUUUGAAACGUAGCUUAUUGUCACAGCUUCUCUCCGUAAUGUACUGUCGACAAAUCAGACCCAACGGCGGAAUGUAAACUAAAACGCACAAAGAGGAAGACGGGAUUCUACAGGUGUAUAUUUUUGCUGUUUUAUCAAACGUGACGUAAUAUUUUUGAAACGUGCUGUAGACGAUUAGUGGAACGAGAUGAAGAGUACCACAGAAUACUUUUGUACAGUUCAGUUGUGUAUUUGCACAGUAUUAGCCCAUUGUGUACGUAUGAUGUUACAUCUAUAAUUUAUGUUGUGUAAUGGUCUGAAUGUCAGAUUAAUGACGUGUUGGUACCGUUUAUUGUUUGCAUGACCAAAUUCCACUGGCAGAAUUAAAGUCGUGUGUUUUUGUUGAGGACGCCUGUGACCCAGGAAGUUUAGAUCAGGGUUGGACCGCUGCUCCUCGAUGGUUGCCUGAGAAACGGCGAGUCUGCUCUGUUUCGGUCUCGGUAUCGUGCCAGUCUUCUAAUAGCCUUUUAACUCAACUGUUGUAUUUAACUGGUUUAUGGAGAAGAAAGAGAUAUAUGAAUAAAUGGUUUUAUUUAUCUAAA